UUUUAAUGGAGCUAAAGAAAUGUAAUACUUGGGAAGAGAGAUAUAAUAUUUUCGCCAAACAAUUCUUAACCAUAACUACAUCGCUCUCAUAUGAAAAUUUAAAGACUUUGUGCACAAAUAUAUAUAAAUAUUCAUCUGCUAUGAAACAAUUUGAUUCUACGUUACUGCCUAUCAAAUCUCCUAUAAUAUUGUUAAAACCUACAAAUCCGCUACCUGUACCCAUAACCGAGGAUGAUUAUGGUUUGCAGAAGAUAACUCAAAAUGUGGUGAAAGUACAUUACAUCGAGGGUAAUCAUGUUACUAUCAUACAGAACGAAAAAGUGUCAGCCGCAAUUAAUGGAGAACCGCCAUUUAUAUUUUAAUACUUUACUGUAAACUAAAAAAUUAUAAAUGUAAAUUUAAUGGUGUUUUUGACGUAGGUGGGGUAAAAAGCGGGGUUAUUAUUAUUAUAAUUACUUAUUACUUAAACUUAAUAUUUAAACUAAUAAAACAGGAUAAAAAGAAGGA